UUGAUAAUCUUUAACUAUAGUGCCUACUUGUGAAGUUAGUCAUCAUUUUUAAAAUAACAUCAAGGUCGCGUACGCAAUCUGCAUUAUAUUUUUGUUUGCUUCAUUCUAGCCGGCACUUGGGACUGUAUAUUUACUGCUUUCUGUGUUUUUCUUGCACUUGAGAUGAGAUAAAGGAUAUUUGAAAUAUUGGAAUAGUUCCGGACAAUUAGAAUUCAAGAUGACAUCGCUUCUACCGAUCAUCUUAACGGGGGACCACCUUGGACAACGCCAUCGACAUCUCAACUCUUUGGUGAAUAAAGCUGUAGAUAGCGGAGUGUCUUUCCAAGACAUCGAAUAUCUUCCCGAACAAGGUCCAGUUGAUCGGCUUUUUAAGAUAGACUUUGCUGGAAAACUUAAAAAUGUAGAAUACAUCAUUCGUAACUUAAAAGAUGAUGACAUGCUAUUCGUAAGCAGAGCUCUGAAAUCCUCAUGGCUUCUAAACUCUCGUGAAAUCAUAAACCCAAAAUAUUUAGAAGAUGUUCUCUUCCCAGAAAUGAUUUCGCCAGCAGUUACUAAAAUGAGACAUUGGAUUUCUUUAAAUCUACGAGACCAAGCAGCGUGUCAGGAAUUUUACCACUAUUACAAAGAAAAAGAAUUUAGGUUUGCCAUUAAGUUUCUCAGUCACUGUAAAAAGGGUUUCAUACUUGAAGAGGUUCCUAAAAUAUUGACAAAAUUAUCGAGUCAUGAUUUCAAGGUACUCUGCGAGAAAUGCCCUCAGGUCGCUAAAAUAUAUUUCGAUUCCUUGACAACCGAUGAAGAAGUAAGAUCCUGUUAUCUUCGACAAGAAAAAGCGUUCUAUAAUAGCGUGAAAUGUGUGCUGAAAUCAGAUUCAGAUAUGUUUUUAGAUAUCAUGGAAAAAUAUUUCAAUGUCAAUACGUUUCCUAGAUUCAGUCCAUUGGCAACUGAUUAUCUCCUGCGAUAUCAUAAAAACAGGUUUACGAGUAAAUUGGAGCUGUACGUAGCGCAUUUCUUGCAUAUCCCGACCCUUGCUGCUCGGCUAACAGUAGAAGAAUGUCAAGAGGUUGUGCUUCAGUUAGCUCGAGCAAAAUACCUGCAGCAUUGGUUUGAGUACAAAGUCGUAGAGCCGUUUGUAAAGCGACUUAGUCCAGAUAAAAGAGCAGUAUUCAAAAAACGAGUGUUCGUUGAAAAGGAUAUUGGUAAAUGCGUCGAAGAAUGGCCAUACGCGACGCCCAAACCACCUCCUCCAAUUGAUUCGAAUCCGCAUUUAUUCGAUGAGGAGAAAUGUGAGCCUAUCUACGGACUUGAAAUGGGAGAUUUUAGGUACAUGCUCAAAAAAAGAAAAUUUUGUCGUUAUGAAGGAUCUCGCAUAGUUACUUCAGUUAAAACUGAUUUAGAUCGGCUGUUCGAUGAAUUUAGGUUUAUCGGAUUUGAAAGAGCUCUUCAUGAUUUAGGGCAACGCUUAGUACGUGCUGGAUCAUCAGAAAGGCGUCGUGAUAUUUUUCUUGUUUUAGUGAGCAAGAGCGGAGGGCGAAAUGAUGCUGUAGCGGCGUUGUUAAAAUUAGCUUCACGGCAUCAGAAUGAGCCACCUCAUAUCCGUGCGUCCAUACUCCGCAGCCUUGUUAAGCGCACUAACGUCUGGCGCUUACCCGCAGAUGUUUGGCAAAAUUUCUUAGAUUUUGGACACGGCCUUGGAUUCGAUGGUGCACCAGCCGAAGCCGAAUGUACCGAGGGAUUGCAUGCAGUUGUGAUUCGGCACUUAUUAUCUGGUGAAUCCAAAAAUAACGUGUGCGCCACUUUUCUUAAAAACUUUUCGCCGCUAGCGGAAUAUGCUCUGAAAGCGAACGAGCGAACGUUGAUUUCGAGAGGCCUACAAGAUAUGUUGAUUGCUGCUGCUGCACAUAGUGAGACUACUGUAACUGCAGAGCGCAUUAGCCAAUUGCUGGAUAUCAUAGACAUAUACCAUGUUCCUGUCAAGGCAGAAUCGCCAAUCCUAGAAAUUGUAAAAAACUUAGUUUUGCAAGACGCAAACGUUGCAAAACCUUUACUAGAACGGUUUUACAAGGCAGGAAUAGGACGACGUGAGUUAUUCCGUGUUAAUUUAAAAUUUCGGUGUGAUCAGGAAGCUUGUUUGAACGCUUUGCGUCAUGACCCAUCAGCUCUUGAUAUAGCUAUGCUUGCAGAUAUAGUAACUAACAGUGAAUCACGAUUCGACAGUUUCUUCUGCAAGCUCGGGGUAUAUUUCAACCAGGAUGAGGAUUUCACUGUACAUCUCAAGUCUUUAUUGAACGAGAAGAUCAUAUCCAUUAAAAAUACGAAUUGUAAACACGCGACAUUGGCAAGGUCGGUAGCAAGACUCUGGUACAAUCAAUUUGAGACCGAAUUGUGUAAGUUAGACGCAGAAGGUGAUGAUCAGUCUAAGUUUGCAGCAAGAUUAAGGGCAUGUGCGCGUAUUGCCCGCCCCCGUAUAAAUCUGUUGCAAUGGGGGUGGCGCAAAGCUGGCGUGAAAGCAAUAGCUACGCAAGCAAUGCUUUCUCGAAGAGUAGACAGAGCGGGUAUAAUUAGAUUCUUAGCAUCUGAAAAGCGUACUGUGAGAGUAGCUGUGGCGCUUUGUAUACGCUCUGAAAGCGAGUUACUUCUAGAAACCUUGGCAUCAGCAGCAAAACUGCAUCCCGUUGUAGCACUGCGCACAGCACUGUCGUACUUCCGUCACUUUGGUACUAAUAGUAAUCCCAAAGUUUGGGAUUGUAUAAAACCGUUAGUUUCUAGUGUCGACCUAUCAUCUCGUGAGAGGCUGCGCCAGUUACUUGUAAAAACAGAAUGGAUUCCUGUUAGCAUCAAACCUGAUUAUUGCGCAACGUUGUACCUUGUUAUAGAUAAAAUAUCAAAUUCAAUUUCGGCACAAUUGCUUUCUGAUUUGUGCAUGAUGCUUCCCAAGAUCAACGAAGAUAUAAUAGAAAAUAUUUUGUUACAUUUAUUGCAGAAGACUCCGACUGAUGCGGAUGACAUACCGUUAUCGUUUCCAGCAAUUUUUAUUAGGUACUUGAUGUUGCCAAAGAAUAACAAAGAUCUAGACAAGAGAUUUGCUAAGAUUGGAGGAGCAUUUUUUGAGCGCUUAGACAGUCUUCGAAGCACUGGAGACAAGCAUAUUCGGGUAAGAUUAGAGCAAAUAAAGGAGAAUUUAAAGUAUAAUGCAGCAUUUAUAGAUACCAAAUAUGAAUUAUGCCCAUUAGUCAUCGAGAGAAUCUUGGCUUGGAUACAGACAUUCAUGCCAAAGGAAGAAUAUUUUGACAACUAUGCAGAGAUACAUUUGACCAUGUUGUAUUUCAAAGCAGUAAGGCAGACCAUGAAACAAGUGCCAGAAGUAUUUCUUGAUUUACAAAAGCAGAAGGUGGAGUGUGCGGAAGCUGUGGGCUUCGUGUUUGGCAGAUACAUCUCCAAAGAGGUGGCUAAUCUUGUGAGUGCGUUCUUUGACUCUAUAAUAGAAUUGUAUGCCGGUGCCUUGGUUAACUACUUACAGGUUUACUUUGUCAUAGGAACUGUGAGGGCUAAGUUCAUUGAAUCAGUUAUCAAAGGUUUGUGGGAAGAAAGCGUUGGUCUUCAACGUCGUUUAGCAGUUUAUGUAUUUAAAGAACAUCAACACAGUAUGAAUGAAAAUGCUAGAAAGGAAAUCCAAGCUGUAAUGGAAAAUGAUGAAGAUGUACAUUUGAUAGCUUUUGCUGUUGUAUGAAGUAGGUAUACGUUAAACACUUUGAUUAUAUGUAACAUAUUAUUUAUUUUUUAAACGUUUUUAAAUUGUCCCUGAGUUUGACUAGGUGCUAAUAACAGCAAUUAGACUCUCAAUUACUUAUGAUACUUAUAUAUUUAUCUCCAGGUCAUUGUUAUCGCCUUACAAAAAUAUAGCUUCCUUUUAUUUA